UCCUAUUGGCCCCUACAGCAAGAGAGGGACAAUUGUUUAGGUCGACCUCUGGGUCCGGAACCGCGGGUAAACAUGGCGGCGGCCAGGUGGUGGAGGCCUAUGCUUCGCGGUCCGAGCCUUUCAUUGCACACCGCAGCUAAUGCCGCCGCCACGGCUACAGAAACGACCUGCCAAGAUGUCGCGGCGACCCCCGUCGCGCGGUACCCGCCGAUUGUGGCCUCUAUGACAGCCGACAGCAAGGCGGCACGGCUGCGGCGAAUCGAACGCUGGCAGGCGACGGUGCACGCUGCGGAGUCGGUAGACGAGAAGCUGCGAAUUCUCACCAAGAUGCAGUUUAUGAAGUACAUGGUUUACCCGCAGACCUUCGCGCUGAACGCUGACCGCUGGUACCAGUACUUCACCAAGACCGUGUUCCUGUCGGGUCUGCCGCCGACCCCCGCGGAGCCCGAGCCGGAACCCAAACCCGCGCUGGACCUCGCGGCGCUGCGUGCCGUCGCCUGCGACUGCCUGCUGCAGGAGCACUUUUACCUGCGGCGUAAACGGCGCGUGCAUCGUUACGAGGAGAGCGAGGUCAUAUCUUUGCCCUUCCUGGAUCAGCUAGUGGCAACCCUCGUGGGCUUCCUCAGCCCACACAACCCGGCCCUGGCCGCCGCCGCCCUCGAUUAUAGACGCCCAGUUCAUUUUUACUGGGUGCGUGGUGAAGAAAUUAUUCCUCGUGGUCAUCGAAAAGGUCGAAUUGAUAACUUGCGAUACCAGAUAGAUGAUAAACCAAACAACCAGGUUCGAAUAUCCAAGCAACUCGCAGAGUUUGUGCCAUUGGAUUAUUCUGUUCCUAUAGAAAUCCCCACUAUAAAAUGUAAACCAGACAAACUUCCAUUAUUCAAACGGCAGUAUGAAAACCGUAUAUUUGUUGGCUCAAAAACUGCAGAUCCUUGCUGUUACGGUCACACCCAGUUUCAUCUGUUACCUAACAAAUUAAGAAGGGAAAGACUUUUGAGACAAAAUUGUGCUGAUCAGAUAGAAGUUGUUUUUAGAGCUAAUGCUAUUGCAAGCCUUUUUGCUUGGACUGGAGCACAAGCUAUGUAUCAAGGAUUCUGGAGUGAAGCAGAUGUUACUCGACCUUUUGUCUCCCAGGCUGUGAUUACAGAUGGAAAAUACUUUUCCUUUUUCUGCUACCAGCUAAAUACUUUGGCACUGACUACACAAGCUGAUCAAAAUAACCCUCGUAAAAAUAUAUGUUGGGGUACACAAAGUAAGCCUCUUUAUGAAACAAUUGAGGAUAAUGAUGUGAAGGGUUUUAAUGAUGAUGUUCUACUUCAGAUAGUUCACUUUCUACUGAAUAGACCAAAAGAAGAAAGAGCACAGCUGUUGGAAAACUGAAAAAACAUACUUGAUUGAGAACUUUGGGAAUAAAUUUUACUGAAGGAACAGUAAUGAGAUUUGUAACUGUCAACUAUUAAAUACAUUGAUUUUUGAGACAAAUAUUUCUUAUGUCAGCCUGUUGUUAGAUCUCUUACUCUGCUGAAAUUUGUCACUGAAAGAUUUAAUUUUAGUUACCUUUUAUUGAUUUAAAAAUAAUUGCAUUUGUGUAUUGCUAACUGAUAAGACAAAUUGAGUUAUUGAGCUAUUAAAUGCACAUUUUAAUAUAAAUGCAGAAAUCCCAAAUAAAAUACUAACAUACUGAAUUCAGUAAUUAAAAGAACCCCCUGCAGCCAGGUGCAAUGACUCAUGCCUGUAAUCCCAGCACUUUGGGAGGCCAAGGUGGGUGGAUCACUUGAGUCCAGGAGUUUGAGACCAGCCUGGGCAACAUGGCAAAACCCCAUCUCUACUAAAAAUACAAAAAUUAGCCUGGCCUGAUGGUGCAUGUCUGUAAUCCCAGCUACUCCGGAGGCUGAGGUGCAAGAAUUGCUGGAACCCGGGAGGCAGAGUUUGUAGUGAACUGAGAUUGUGCCACUGCAUUCCAGCCUGGGCGACAGAGCAAGACUCUGUCUCAAAACAAACAGAAGAACCCACUACAGCAGGGUAGAAAAUCAAUUCAGUAAUGGACUAAUGUUAGGAAGUAAUGCUAAUACAGAACAUUAGUUGUUCAAAGGAGAAAGAAGGCUUUGAUAGAAUUCUCAAUCUUGGUUUUAAAAGAAAAGAUAGAUAUUAAUAGGACAGUAUAAUGGUGAAACGUAAGGGAUAACCCCAUUGAAAUCAAAGUACUCUAAGCUUUGAACUUUACAUGCUUUAUUUGCUAAUCCAUUCCAAGUGCCUAGAUUCAUAGAAGUAAGAAAUCAAUAAAUGUUGGUUGAAUGGAUGUGAAUUAAUGAAUUUAAGGUAGUCAACCUUUUUAGUUUAAGAUCUGGUAUAUCUUCUUAUUUACCUGCUUUUAUUUUAUUUUUUUUUUUUUGAAACAGAGUUUUUGCUCUUGUUGCCCAGGCUAAAGUGCAAUGGCACAGUCUCGGCUCACUGUCACCUCCAUGUCCUGGGUUUAAGUGACUCUCCUGCCUCAGCCUCCCAAGUAGCUGGAAUUAAUUACAGGCAUGCACCAUCAUGCCUGGAUAAUUUUUUGUAUUUAAUAGAGACGGUGUUUCACCAUGUUGGUUAGGCUAGUCUUGAACUCCUGACCUCAGGUGAUCCACCCACCUCGACCUCCCGAAGUGCUGGGAUUACAGGUGUGAGCCACUGUACCUGGCGUAUUUACAUCUUUUAUUUCUCAGCAAAGUUUAGAGUUUCUUUUAUCUCCAUGCAUUUCCUAUGUAUGCCUACAUUUUUGUGUAGUUGGAAAUGGAUUUUCUUUCCAAUUUUAUACUUCUUUAUAGUUUUUAAAAGUGGCUUUAUAUAGGUGAUACUGAUAGCUAUAUAUUUAUUUUGUAAAAGAUCAGACCAAUUUAAGUUGUUCAUUAAAGCCAAUAAUUUUUCAUCUGAUUCUCAUGAGGUGUAUAUAACCAAUCUGAUUUGGGUUCUUCUGAAACUGCUUAUCAAAUGGGUAGCCAUUAGUCCCUACACAGCAAAAUCCACUAGACAGUUUUCUGUAUUGUACUCAGUAAGGUCUGACACAUUUUGCAUGGUUGACCACUCCUUCGUUCUUAAAGUAGUCUUUUUAUUGCCUUCAGUGAAACAUGUUCUUGGUUUGCCUUCUAUCUUAUUGGCUAUUCUGUCAUAUUUCUCUUUGCUGUUCUUCCUCUCACUUUUCUUCAAAUAUUGAUGUACUUUUUUUUUCUUUUCUAGACUCCAUUUUUGUUUAACCACACUCUCCCUAGAUGAUUUUAUCAAAUUCCGUGGAUUUAAAUAUAUUUGUAAGCACAUUCAAAUUUAGUUUGGUUUCAACUUUGUCUUUUGUAUCUGAAUGAUAAGCAUCAGCAUUAUAACUAAACAGACUGUGUGAUUAAGAUUAUGCUCAAUUUUUCCCUCUAAUUACCUAAUUUUCAUAAUUACCCCCCAGAAUGCGAGAACAUUAUUUUUAUAAUCAGAAAGUAUUUUAAGAAACUAGUUGAGUGGACUCUAAUAUGGAACCAUCAACAUGUAUCAAAUUCCACUUAAUUAUAAGCAAAUUCAUUAUGAAAUUAUAUUGUAUUUGAAAAAACAUUUCAUGAUUACAUUUGUUAUUUAAGAAAAUGUUAUUUAAAGAAAUUUAUGUAAGUUUCAUUAUACAUGUAUUUUAGCUUACUCAUCUCUGGAAAUGGAAAACUUAGAUACUAGGCAAGAGGGCUUUAGAUUUUUUAAUGAGAUAUUUUAAUAGACCAGUACCUAGGUCUUAAUAUUUGGGUUUUUCAAAAAUUUACAUUGAAAUCCUAAUCCCCAUGACUAUAGUAUUAGGAGGUAAGGCCUUUUGGAAGGUGACUGGAGCAGGGCAGCACCUUCAUGAAUGGAAUUAGUGCCCUUAUAAAAUAGACCCAAGGGAAUUUUUUCAUCCCUUAUACCCUGUGAGAACAUGGUGAGAAGGCACCAUCUAUGAGCCAGACCAAACACUGAGGAUCUAUGAUCCUCACCAAAUACUGAAUCUGCUGGUGCCUUGAUCUUGGACUUUCUAGCCUCCAGAACUGUGAGAAACAAAUUUCUGCUGUUUAUAAGCUGUUCAGUUAAUGGAAUUUUGUUAUUGUAGCCCAAAUAUACUAAGACAACCAAUAUAGUUAAAAUUACUAUGCCCGUUGCACUUUAUAUUAAGUUCUAGUGUACGUUGUGUAAUGCUUACAUUAAAUAAAAGGUAAGGUUAAUUCACAUAAAACAUGUUUAGGUAGGAUAAUUGUAAAAAUUAUUAGAGAAAUUGGUAAAAUUGUGGCUUUGGAUAGAGGCAGGAGAAAGAAAAGAGCAAGGCACUAGUGAGAAAAAUUGCCAUGGAGAAUAUUGAGAAUAGAUACAAAGAGACCUACAGGUUUACAACAUUAAUAUUGGCCAAUACUUGAUUGGACAGUUUGAAUUUUUCAACCUGAAAGGCCUUUGUUCCCCAAAGUUUGGUAAGGAGAUUUUGUAAAGACAGACAACAAUAGCAAUAAAAAAUAAUCAGGGAAGAUUAAGAGAUUUCAUAAGGAGCAAGAAUUUAUAGGUAAUAUUUCAAAGGUAUAGAUAUGAUUACUGUUUUGGUGAAUAAUAAGCACAUGGUAGACUGAAAUUCGGCAACAGCUACUGUGCAAAUAAACAUCUGUGAUUAUGGCUUAUAUCGGGUUGGAGACCCGGGCUGUAAGCCAUUCUUUUUAGUACAGAUUAAUCUCCAUUUCUCAAUCACAGUUCUGUUCUUGUCCUUUGUGAGAAAUACUGAAUUCUGUUUCAGAUUUUGAUUGUCUUUUGUAUUCUUUGUCAUCCAACAGAAUUGCACAUUUCACUUGGUAACAUUUUUAUAGUGUUUGACACUUGAAACUGGCUUUUGAGUCUUCUAUAAUAGUUUGUGCAGAAGUCUGAGGUUUAAUAUUAUGAUGGCCUUAUUCAUACUGUAGAAAUAUAUACUGCAGCAAUAUGCACCCAAAUGGUCAAUAAGCUUUAUAAAUGAACUAGCUAGAUUUUUAGUUUUGAUUUUAAUUCUUGGUUUGAAUUACUAAAAGCUAUCUUAACCUUAGGAAAAUGAAAGCUUACAUGAGGUUUAGCUACUUACAAAGUAUUUCUUUGUGUCUCCAGUUCAUGUGAAACCUGACUUUUAUUUAUAAUAUUUAUGUUAUGAGCACUUUUAUUAGGAUCUUUUUAAGACUCUCAAGAGUUUUCUCUGAGUCAUUAUUAAUAGUACUAAUAAACAAGGUGAGCAGGAUUUAAAACUGAAAGGAGCAUCAGAGAUAAUUGAGCUUUGUUUGUGCCAUUCAUUGUUACCCUAUGCAAUGUCUUUUGUUUGUUUUUUAAUUAAUUGUCAAUAUUUAACAAGAGAAUCAUAGAACAUUCAUUAUUCCAGAUUCUCUUGAAAAACUGGAAGAUCUGGCAACUCUGGGUUUAUGUUCUUACAUGUUAACAAUAUACAGGGGCUGGAAUUACCUGCUCUGAGUCCCUUUAGACGUGCAUACUCUCUCCAAUUGGCCACAGUUCCUACCACUUCUCAUUUCUCCUCUCUUGGCCCACAUCAUUGGGCCUGUCUCACUAAUUUAUAUUAAAUAUUUUGUUACUGAGGCUGUUAGUUUAUGACCCGUGAGGCCAAGACAGCUGUUAAGAACUUGCAUUAUUAGUGGCAAAAUUAUACCUUUAUGAUUACUUACUAGGUUUUAGAAAUCUCACUUUUCUAAGAAGAGAUAUUAUGAUAAUCAUAAGUUCCAAAGAAUUCAAGUUCAUUUGAGAUAAUUAAAACCUCUAGUCUUUGGGUUGGAGGGUGAUAAAGUUAUCUGGUGAAAUACAUGAACUUCUGGUACCUUACUCUUCUGCUAAAUGAAUGGUAAAAUGAAUCCUGAUUUGUUUAGGCAGUUUACUUAUGAAGUUGGGAGAAUUUUUUUUCUUUUUUUCCUUUAAAGUACUGAGUCUGACUCUGUUGCCCAGGCUCAAGUACUGUGGAUUUUGGCUCACUGCAGCCUCCACCUCCUGGGUUCAAGCCUCAGCCUCCCGAGUAGUUGGGAGCCAUCAUGUCCGGCUAAUUUUUGUAUUUUUGGUAAAUGGGGUUUCACCAUGUUGGCCAGGCUGGUCAUGAACUCCUGACCUCAAGUGAGCCGCCUACCUGGUCUCCCAAAGUGCUAGGAUUAUAGGUGUGAGCUACUGUGCCUGGCCUGAGGUUUGGAGAAAUUUUGUCCAUUUCUCUAGAACCAAAAUUGGCAACCAGAAAGUAUUUGGAUGUUACACAAAAUAUUUAGUUUCCCUUUCUAGACUAAAUUGGGUUGUUUAUAGCACCCCUCUCUCCAUUUGAGAAAAAUGGUUAGGAUGCUUGUGCAGGGAUGAGGCUUUAUUAGAAUAGAGAAGGUGCCCAAAUAGUGGUUCAAACACAGGCUGGCUAAUAAGCUGUGAGGUGACUUACCAAAGAACAGACAACAACAACAAAAACUCUUGAACUUCUGCUUUCAAUUUCUACUUUAUGCUAGAUUAUUUGGUUCAAUCUUCCUGGUCUAACACCUGAUUACAGAUCACAACAAACAUCUGCUUGAAUGUGUUAGAAAGGUGAUGAUUAAUUGCCAGGCUGAUGUAUUAAAUAAAAUGGAAAUCCCAAAAGUUGAACUUGCUAUUGGGCCUGCUUUUGCUCUGGAGGGGAGAAUUGUUAGCCAAGAAGAGUCUGAAAACGUGUAGUGUUUUAAUACCUUGGGAGACUAGAUGGAUGAAAGUUAAAAGUAUAAGACCUCCAAGGUUGUGACUCCGGUAGAAAUUUUUGGUUAGAGACCCUGAAGGACAGCAUCCUAGGGAUAAUGGUGAAACAGAAGUAGACCAUUCACAUCGAGUGUAGUUUAAAAUCAAAUCAUCAAGGUGGCUUAGUAAAUUGUGAGAUUUUAGAAGUAGACUAAGGUGACCUUAGGUUUCUAAUGCCCCUAGGAACCUGAAAGAUACAAGCCUGGAGGAACAAUAUUUUCCUAGGCCUCAAAUUAUUUGGGUACUUUUUCAAAUACAGUAUCUCCACAUAUCCUGGAUACAGGAGGAGAAAGACGGAAUGAAAACUGGCAGAAACAGUAGACCCAAAGGGGCACCAAAUAAUUGCAUUGUGAGAUAGACUUUAAGACUGUAUUCAAGGAGAUAAAAGAUGGAAAAUUUCCAUAUAGAAUUGGAAACUAUAAAACAGUCACUGCAGAUUUGUGAAAAAAAUAUAUAUAUAUAUAUAUAUAAAUUUGAAAACUAGAAAAACUAAACAGUAAAAAUUAAGAACUCCAAAUGUGUUAGUUAUCUAUUGCUGUGCAACAUAUUGCUCAAACUUACUGACUUAACAUACGUUUAUUAUCUCAGUUUUUGUUGGUGAGGAAUCCAAGCAUGGCUUAAGUGGGUUCCCUGCUUUAGGCUGCAAUCAAAGCAUUGGUUGGGGUAGUCUCUUCUGGAGGCUGAGCUGGGGAAGGAUCUGCUUCAGAUUUAUGUACUUGCUAGCAGGUUCUUGGACUGAGGACCUCAGUAGCUUCCUGGCUGUUGGAUGAAAGCACUCUUCAGUUCCUUGUCCCAUGGACCUCUCCAUUAGGGCAAUUUACAACCUGGCAGCUUGCCAGAGGGAACCUAUAGAGCCCAUAGAGUGAGUCUGCUAACAAGACAACUGAAGAGAGAAUUAACCAAACGGAAAAUGAGAAAAAAAUAUUUAGAAUUAAUCUCUUUGGAAACUUUGACACCAUUACUCUGCCAUCACCAGUAAGGGCAAAUUGAAAUAUACCCAUGCUGAGAAACAAUGGAAGUAGUGUGGAGAAAAGGAUAAAUAAGGAUAUAUUUUAAUUGAAUGUAGGAGCUUAAAAAUAAGGACAGUAUUAGGGAAGGAAAUGGGUUAUUAAACUAGACAUUUAGGAAUCCUCUUCAUACUUAUUCAGGACACCAGUGGGUACCCAAUCUAUACUGUUUUUACUGAUCUUUGCACAAUUUGCUGCUCAGCAGAUAUUUUCAAUGCAGAUUGGUAAUAUGUCAGUGGAUAACCAGUGGAAAUGUAUGUCUAUUAAUUACUACUGCACAUAAUAUCUUGUUUUUAUAUUUUGCACAGAAUUUUCAAGGUGCUGAUGUCAUACUUAUUUCUGAGCACUGUAAAGUUUUCUUUGAGAAAUAGGUGUUUAUUUUUAAAUUGCAUCGUCUCAUGGGAGGGUAACAUUCGUAAAUAUACUUCAAAUUAGUGUUGUUCCCUCUGCUUGCUUUUUCCUGACUCAGAAACACAGAGUGCUUUUGACUGCUCUGUGUCGGGGCCAUGUUUUCUGCAGACUUGAACCCAAGCCACGCCCUUGAGUGUUCCCAGGCACGGAUAAACUUGUUUAGAGUGCCUGAAACACUGAAACAUCAAACAUGUUGUUAAACACAUAAAUACUAGCCCCAACCCUGAACCCAAUUCCUUAAGCUCCCAUAUAAACUCCAUAUCUGAUUCCCCAUAUGGCUCCCCUAUGGUUCCACAGGUUAGAACGUCUCAUUUCUCCCUGUCAAUCAUGAGGACUAAUGCAGCACACAAUGUGUAUAGUACUAAUAAAGACUUUGGACUUACCA